UCUAUCCAAUGUGAAGAUUAAACUUUGUCUGAACUCCGAUCGUAGUGUAAGAUAUAGAACUUGAAGGUCCGAAUUGCAAUAAUCAACAACUUUCUAGCUCCGUGUUUGUCACUUACGAGUUACGUCAACGGGAAUCUGAUCCUCAGCCGCACGCGGCGAAUCCUCGGUUAAGGAAAAUAGAAAAAUCAGCCUACGCGCCACCGCACAAUUGCCUAAACAUUAAGCAGGAAUCGCGCCCUUUUUCAUUACAAUAUAGAUACGAGUUGAGAAAGUAGUUAUAGAGAGAAAUUAAAACCCCUAUUGAGUUUUGAGAUUAAGGAAGCAAUCAAUGGAGGUGGACGCGAAUUCGCAAGCUCAAUUUGUUCCGAGAGAUCGGAGACCUGAUGCUCUUGGAGGAUUCCAUGUCCUUCCGGAUGAGAUCGUUUGUUCGAUACUUACUCUUCUCUCACCUCGUGAUGUCGCUCGUCUUGCUUGUGCUAGCAGUGUGAUGUAUAUCCUCUGCAAUGAAGAACCUUUGUGGAUGAACUUAUGCCUUAAUAAUGAAAAUCAUGAGCUUCAGUACAAAGGAUCAUGGAAGAGGACAACACUGAAUCGACUGCAAGUUCUGAGUAAAUGUGAUGAUGACCCUUACAGAAAACCACUACACUUUGAUGGAUUUAACUCUUUAUUCCUGUAUAAGCGAUUAUAUCGUUGCUAUACUCAGUUAAAUGGGUUUGCUUUUGAUCAAGGAAAUGUUGAAAGAAAGACAGACAUUUCACCAGAUGAAUUCCUUCAGCAAUAUGAUGCACAUAAACCUGUUCUAAUUUCUGGAUUGGCUGAUACGUGGGCUGCAAGAAAAACCUGGACUCCUGAACAGCUACUACUCAAAUAUGGAACUACACCUUUCAGAAUCUCUCAAAGAAGUGCUAAAAAACUAUCCAUGAAGUUUGAGGAUUAUGUGUCCUACAUGCAAGAACAACAUGAUGAGGAUCCCCUAUACAUUUUUGAUGACAAUUUUGGAGAAGUUGCACCAGAUUUAUUAAAAGAUUACAAUGUGCCAAAUCUAUUCCCAGAUGACUAUUUUGAUGUUUUAGCUAAUGAUCAAAGACCACCUUUUAGAUGGCUUAUUAUUGGACCAGAGAGAUCUGGUGCAUCUUGGCAUGUUGAUCCUGCUCUUACCAGUGCUUGGAAUACUCUUUUGUGUGGGCGUAAAAGGUGGGCCCUGUAUCCUCCUGGAAGAGUACCUUUAGGUGUAACAGUACAUGUAAAUGAUGAAGAUGGUGAUGUUGACAUUGAAACUCCAUCAUCAUUGCAGUGGUGGUUAGACUUCUACCCACUUCUUGCUGAUGAAGAUAAGCCAAUAGAGUGUACACAACUACCUGGUGAAACUAUUUAUGUUCCAACUGGGUGGUGGCACUGUGUUCUAAACCUUGAAACCACAAUUGCUGUGACACAAAAUUAUGUGAACUCAAAAAAUUUUGAAUUUGUAUGUCUCGAUAUGGCCCCUGGGUAUCAACAUAAAGGUGUUUGUCGUGCUGGAUUGCUCGCCCUUAGUGAAGGGCAUAAUGGGGAAUUCUCAUCCAUGGAUGACAAUGACAAUGAACUUUCUAGAAAGGAGAAAAGAGUGAAAAUUGAUGACCACAUGGAGGAGUUUUGUUAUGAUAUAAAUUUUCUUACCAUGUUUUUGGAUAAGGAUAGAGACCAUUAUAAUUCGUUAUGGAGCACAAGUAAUUGUAUUGGACAAAGGGAAUUGAGAGAUUGGUUAUGGAAGCUUUGGAUUGGGAAACCUGGAUUAAGAGACUUAAUAUGGAAGGGAGCUUGUAUUGCGUUACAUGCUAAUAAAUGGUCAAACUGCAUGGAAGAAUUAUGUGCCUUCCAUAAUAUUUCUUUGCCUGUAGAUGAGGAGAAGUUUCCAGUUGGCACUGGUAGCAAUCCUGUUUAUCUUGUAGCAGACAAUGUUGUGAAGAUUUUUGUGGAGGAUGGUUUAGAAGCUAGUAUUCAUGCAUUAGGAACAGAGCUUGAGUUCUACAGUAUAAUGCAGAGAUCGGAUUCCACUUUGAAACAUCAUGUUCCUAAUAUUUUAGCAAGUGGGAUAGUUUUUAUCGAAAAUGGAAAAUAUAAAAUUGUGCCAUGGGAUGGAAAAGGCGUACCUGAUGUAAUUACUAAAAAUAGUACAAUUCAAGAAAUAUUUUCUGAUACUGAGUACCCUUUUGGCAUCUGGAGCAAAAAGCUAUUUGAGUAUAGGAAAGCUGAUAUGAGUUUGGACGAAUUGGUCAUUUCUGGUGGACAAACCAACAUUUGGCCCUACAUUAUUACAAAACGAUGCAAAGGGAAAAUAUUUGCUGACUUAAGAGAUACACUCUCAUAUAAGGAGGUUUCGAAUCUAGCUUCCUUUUUAGGGAGGCAAUUGCAUCAUCUCCAUGUCUUACCCGUUACUCCUCUGAACGAUUCAGCAUAUUUACAAAUGGGAAAGGAAUUAGGGUUGAACCAUGAGAAUGAUUUUAAUGAAAAAACCAACCUCCCAAAAGCAUCAAAGGUUUUCUUCACAAUUCUCAAUAGGAAAAAGAAAGAUGUAUCAAGUCGUUUGACUAAGUGGGGUUAUCCAAUUCCAAGUGCACUAAUUGAGAAAGUUAAUGAAUAUCUCCCAAAUGACUUUGUAGAGUUGCAUAGUUUGUUCAAGGAUAAAAACGGUUUGUUUCAAGUGAGGAAUUCUUGCUCUUGGGUACACACUGAUAUAAUGGAUGACAAUAUUCACUUGGAGCAGUGCUCUAGUGGUGUGAAUGGGUCAAAUAAUGACAAGGAAAUAUCAUCAUGGCUUCCAAGUUAUAUUUAUGAUUUCAGCAAUAUGUCUCUAGGUGAUCCAAUAUUGGAUUUGAUCCCGAUUCACUUGGAUAUAUUUCGUGGAGAUUUACAGCUCCUGAAUUUGCUUCUUGAAAACUAUGGACUUCCUUUUGGGAAAAGAAAUUCAUGGGACAAUGGAAGUGUAGUCAGAAGAAUAUCGUACCUAACAAUGUGUUAUUGUAUAAUACACGAGGAGAAUAUAUUAGGGGCGAUUUUUGGUAUGUGUAAAGAAUUGAGGAGUGCAAAAUCAUGGGAGGAAGUUGAGGAAACUGUGUGGGGUGCUUUGAAUAACUACUUUUAGGCAACAUAUUUUAUUUUUGUAUUUAAUUUGUAACAUUUUUGAAAUAAAGUAAUUUACCAGAAUUACAAUAUUUUUAUUCGGUUUGCUAUAUUUUAUACCUGGAUUACUAGUUUUGAUGAAAUAACAGUAUGUUUUGCUUUGAUUGAA